GGCGACGAGUUUGUAUUGUCACAGAGAAUUGUCAUAAGUCCUGUAUUGUUGUGCACGAAGCGUUAUGCACAGGGAUAUUGGAAGCUUCCCUCUGGCACAGACCGUGAGGACCAAAUUGAUCUCUUCCGGCUUCCGUACAGUAGAAGACCUGUUAGAUUUCAAACCUAAAGAACUCAGCAGAGAAGCAGGUAUAUCCGAGGAAGAAGCCUUGGAAACUUUGCAGAUGGUAAGGGGAGAAUAUUUCCGUGGAACAUCAAAGAAAAUUCAGAAGACGACAGGCUUGGAGUUGCUUGCACAAGAACAAGCUCAAGGAUUUAUCAUAACAUUCUGUUCAGCCCUUGAUGAAAUUUUGGGAGGAGGCAUUGACCUGAACAAGAUCACAGAGAUAUGUGGUCCUCCUGGGGUAGGAAAGACGCAAUUAUGCAUGCAGCUAGCCGUAGAUGUGCAGAUCCCAGAGUGCUUUGGAGGUGUGGAUGGUGAAACUAUUUAUAUUGAUACAGAGAGCACUUUCUUGGUGGAAAGACUGGUGGAUAUUGCUAAUGCAUGUGUUCACCACUGUAACCUUAUUACACAAGCCCAUCGACAUGAAGACUACAUAAAAGCUAUGCAGACCUUCACGCUCAACAAUAUAAUGUCACAUAUUUAUUUCUUUCAUUGCCAUGACUACGUAGAGCUUCUUGCUCAAAUGCACUUUCUCCCUCACUUCCUAGCACAGCAUUCAAAGGUCAAGCUGAUUGUCAUUGACAGCAUUGCCUUCCCAUUCCGUCAUGAUUUUGAUGAUCUUUCCUUGCGAACACGGCUACUCAAUACUCUGGCUCAGCAUAUGAUCAGCAUGGCUAAACAUCACAAACUGGCAGUAAUCCUAACAAACCAGAUGACUACCAGGAUUGGACCCAGUGAAACCCUGUUGGUGCCUGCUUUAGGAGACAGCUGGGGGCAUGCAGCUAGUAUCCGCUUACUACUUAACUGGGAAAGCAAUCAAAGGCUUGCAACCUUGUAUAAAUCCCCAAGUCAGAAGAUGGCUACAGUGCCAUACACAAUCACACAUCAAGGUUUUCGUGAUAUUGAUUCUGCUGAACAUGAAUUAAACGCACUAAAAUGUGAAGGAAACCCUCGGAAGCGUCCACGAGUUGAUGAUGAAGAUGAUAAUGAUUUACUACAGUAAAGGUCGAUUUGAAAAACAGAAAUACAAAACAUGUAAAUAAGUGCUAAAUUUACUUUUAUAUUUCCCACUGUCAAAUAAAAAACUUAAACCAUAUUUUAAAAA